GCGCCGCGCUCCGCUCCCUCCGCCCCGCUCGCACUGUUUGGGAGCAACCGGCCGAGCCAGCGGCGUCCCGGCCCCGCCAGCGCAGCGAGGCCCCGCGGACCGGCCCUCGCCCAGCCCCGGCGCUCACCCCCGGCCCUCUCCCCUCUCGUCAUGUCCCUCAAGCAAGCGGCGGCGGCGGCGCAGGCCGCCGGCAACAACCGCAAGCCCCCCGGCGGCGGCGGCGGCCCCGGCCUCCCGUCAGCCGCGGGCGGCGGGAGGCAGAACAUGGGCAGAGGUCGCAGCAGUGGCAAAGGACCGCCUCAGCCUACGAUUUCUUUCGAUGGCAUCUAUGCAAACAUGAGAAUGGUUCACAUACUUACAUCAGUUGUUGGAUCCAAAUGUGAAGUACAGGUGAAAAAUGGUGGUAUAUAUGAAGGAGUUUUUAAAACCUACAGUCCUAAGUGUGAUUUAGUGCUUGAUGCUGCUCAUCGGAAAACUGCAGAAUCCAGUUUGGGGCCAAAACGUGAAGACAUACUAGAGAGUAUCUUGUUCAAGUCUUCAGAUUUUGUUAUGGUGCAUUUUAAGGAUAUGGAUACUAAUUAUGCGAGAAGAGUUCCUUCAGAAACAGAUGCUUUUACUGAUUCAGCCAUCAGUGCUAAAGUAAAUGGUGAACACAAGGAAAAGGAUCUUGAACCAUGGGAUGGAGGAGAGACCACCGCUACUGAGGAGCUUGAGGCAUUGGAGACAGAUGUUUCUAAUGGAUGGGAUCCCAAUGACAUGUUUCGUUACAAUGAAGAAAAUUAUGGUGUAGUAUCAACCUAUGACAGCAGUUUAUCUUCUUAUACGGUGCCAUUAGAAAGAGAUAAUUCAGAAGAGUUUUUAAAACGGGAAGCCAGAGCAACUCAAUUAGCAGAGGAAAUUGAAUCAAGUGCCCAAUACAAAGCUCGGGUUGCCUUGGAAAAUGAUGAAAGAACAGAAGAAGAAAAAUAUACUGCUGUUCAGAGAAAUGCUAAUGAACGAGAAGGACAUGGUGUGAACACUAGAGAAAAUAAAUACAUUCCACCUGGACAGAGGAAUAGAGAUGUCCUGUCCUGGGGAAGUGGAAGACAAAACUCACCAAGGAUGGGCCAGUCUGGAUCAGGCCCACCAAUUUCAAGGUCUGGAUCCCAUACUUCAGAAUUCAGUCCUAACUCUGGAGCAGAUCAAAGAGUAGUUAACGGAGGUGUUCCCUGGCCAUCGCCUUGCCCAUCUCCUUCCUCUCGCCCACCUUCUCGCUACCAGUCAGGUCCCAACUCUCUUCCACCUCGGGCAGCCACCCCUACACGGCCGCCCUCCAGGCCCCCCUCGCGGCCCUCCAGGCCCCCGUCUCACCCCUCUGCUCAUGGUUCUCCAGCUCCUGUCUCUACUAUGCCUAAACGCAUGUCUUCAGAAGGGCCUCCACGGAUGUCUCCUAAGGCACAACGGCACCCUCGAGGUCACAGAGUCUCUACUGGUAGGGGUACAAUUUCAAGUGGCUUAGAAUUUGUAUCUCAUAAUGCACCAGGGGAAGCAUCUACUACUGCAGUGGCACGAGGCAGCCCUUCAGGUGGGACGUGGUCAUCAGUUGUCAGUGGGGUUCCGAGAUUAUCCCCUAAAACACACAGGCCUAGGUCUCCAAGGCAGAGCAGCACUCCCACAGGACCAGCUCUGCCUUCUCCUCAGCCUGGUACUAUUCCCACUGAAUCUGUUGCCAUGCCUGUUCCAGCUGCCUCUCCUACACCUGCCAGCCCUGCAUCCAACAGAGCAGUUACCCCUUCCAGCGAAGCUAAAGAUACUAGGCUUCAGGACCAGAGGCAAAAUUCUGCAACUGGAAACAAGGAGAAUAUAAAGCCAAGUGAGACUUCUCCUAGUUUUCCUAAACCUGAAAACAAAGGUGUAUCUCCAAUUGUUUCAGAACAUAGAAAACAGAUUGAUGAUUUAAAGAAAUUUAAGAAUGACUUUAGGUUACAGUCGAGUUCCUCUUCAGAUGCAGUGGAUCAGCUGCUAAACAAAAGCCGAGAAGGUGAAAAAUCAAGAGAUGUAGUUAAAGAAAAGACAGAAUCAACCCCUAAAGAAUCUAUCAUAGAAACUGGCAGUAAUACUAACUCUAACAGUGGCAGUAGCAAACCUAAUAGUCCAAGUAUUUCGCCUUCAAUAAGUAAUAGUUCUGAGCAAAAGCGAGGGCCUGAGGUAACUUCACAAGGUGUACAGACAUCUGGGCCUGGAAGUAAACAAGAUAAAGAGGAUAAAGAGGAGAAGAAAGAUACUUCUGAGCAAGUUAGAAAAUCAACGCUUAAUCCUAAUGCAAAAGAGUUCAACCCUCGAUCUUUUGCUCAACCGAAACCUUCUACUACACCAACCUCCCCUCGUCCGCAAGCUCAACCUAGCCCCUCCAUGGUGGGUCAUCAGCAGCCAACCCCAGUGUACACUCAGCCUGUUUGUUUUGCACCAAAUAUGAUGUACCCAGUUCCAGUGAGUCCAGGCGUGCAGCCUUUGUAUCCUAUUCCCAUGACGCCCAUGCCAGUGAACCAAGCCAAGACAUAUAGAGCAGGUAAAGUACCAAAUAUGCCACAGCAACGGCAAGACCAACAUCAUCAGAGCACCAUGAUGCAUCCUGCCUCAGCAGCAGGCCCUCCAAUUGUAGCUACGCCACCUGCUUAUUCAACACAAUAUGUUGCAUAUAGUCCCCAACAGUUUCCUAAUCAGCCUCUUGUGCAGCAUGUGCCACACUACCAAUCUCAGCAUCCUCAUGUUUAUAGCCCUGUAAUACAGGGCAACGCUAGAAUGAUGGCACCACCAACACACGCACAGCCUGGUUUAGUAUCUUCUUCUGCAACACAGUAUGGUGCGCAUGAACAGACGCAUGCUAUGUAUGCAUGUCCCAAAAUACCAUACAGCAAGGAGACAGGCCCUUCUUUCUACUUUGCCAUUUCCACUGGCUCACUUGCUCAGCAGUAUGCCCACCCUAAUGCUACCCUGCAUCCGCAUCCUCCGCAUCCUCAGCCUUCUGCCACACCAACUGGCCAGCAGCAAAGCCAACAUGCUGGAAGCCACCCUGCUCCUAGCCCCGUGCAGCAUCAUCAGCACCAGGCUGCUCAGGCACUCCACCUGGCAAACCCACAACAGCAGUCGGCAAUUUACCACGCAGGUCUAGCUCCAACCCCACCUUCCAUGACGCCAGGCUCCAAUACGCAGUCUCCACAAAAUAGUUUUCCUACAGCACAACAAACAGUCUUCACCAUUCAUCCCUCCCAUGUUCAACCUGCAUAUACCAAUCCGCCACACAUGGCCCAUGUCCCCCAGGCUCAUGUACAGUCAGGAAUGGUUCCUUCUCACCCAACUGCCCAUGCUCCAAUGAUGCUAAUGACGACACAGCCACCUGGUGGUCCCCAAGCCGCCAUCGCUCAAAGUGCACUACAGCCCAUUCCAGUCUCGACAACAACACAUUUCCCCUAUAUGACGCACCCUUCAGGUGAGGAGUGUGUGCCCGGGAGACCUGCACCUUAACUGAGCCAGGUCGUAGUAGUGAGAACUGUUACGAAACAGAUUUGGGGAAAAUAACAAAAAAAAAACAAAAAAAAACCAAACAAAAAAAAACCUGAAGAUGUCCUUGUAGAGUGGCAGGCUGCUGAAGGCAGACUGUUUCUACAUUUCGCAUUUAUACUUUGCCAGCCCAAAUGUGAGCCUAGAUAAGCGUGUGAGAUUUAGCAAAGAUGUUGCUUCUCUCUAGCUGAAGUAGAGAAAUGGAUAACUAUGCAGAUACUGGCACUGUGGGACUGUGUUCUUCCAGGUUUUGCUGUGGUUGUGCCAUGGGGGAUGGACUGUCUGUGUAGCCUGUUUAUAAUGAUCUGGGGUUUUAUUAAAUACAAAGUGAUCGGUCUGGAGGAUAGGAGUGAAAAUGUUGCUUGGGGGUAGGGCUGUUAGACUUCUAGUGACUGAAGUAAAGUGACACUGAAGUCUAAUCUUUAAUUCAGAGUAACAUUCUGCAGCUUUACUUUUUGGGAAAAGUAGGUGCUGUAUGACUUCUUUCUACUUUAAAUUUAACCUUACCUAGGUUUCUUUAUUAUUCGUUUCCAAACAGCUUCUAAACUUCUGUAGUGAACUAGUUACCUGAUCUUGUUUCUUGGGGAAUGUGUGAGUAGAACAACGCUGCUUUCUGAGGGUUUAUGUAGGGAAAAAAACAUCCAAAGGACAUCUUGAUAUGCAGGGUUUUGUUUUGUUCUCUAAAAAAAAAAAAAAAGAAAAAGAAAAAAAGAAAAAAAAUUUUUAAAAGUUCAGCUCAGUAGUUGUCCUGUGACCACUUUACUAGCAAACUGUUGUGUGGCUUGCCAAUUUAUUAUUUACAUUUGAACUUUUUUUUUACAGUACAAGCCCACCACCAACAGCAGUUGUAAGGCUCAUCUGGAAUAACUGAAAGGCUGGAUACCUUUUGUAGGCCAAAUACCCUCCUUCUACUGCUUCUGCCAACUGGAAGCACAGAAAACUAGAAUUUCAUUUUAUUUUGUUUAAAAAAAAAAAAAUUUGAUUUCUUGUAACAUCCACUAGGAAUGCUAACAGUUCAUCUUGCAGUGGGAGAGAUUCGGACUGAGUAGAGGCAUUUAGGAACUUGUGGGCUAUUCCAUAAUUCCAUGCACUGUAUCUGAGUCCUGCAAGUGCCCCAACUCUGCUUGCUGAAAACUGGAAGUUAUUUAUUUUUUAAUGACCCUUCAAAGUUAUGAACUCAUCAGCUAGCAAAAGAAGUAACAAGAGUGAUUCUUGCUGCUAUUAUCACUAAAAAUCAAGACUUGGAGAUCCCUUUUACUUCUAACUAAACUUGAAACAGGUUCAGUAAAAAAAAAAUUCUAAUCGUCAAACUGAUGAAUUAUUAUUUAUAAAUCACGUUUGAUGAGAUAAUCACUAUCGUGAGACAGUGAUGUAACUUUUAAGUUAAGAAAACUUUUACUUUGUAGAUAAUAUAAAAUAAAAACUUAAAAAAAAAUUAAAAAAUAAAAAAAGUUUUAAAAACUGA